AGGAUUUUAAGACAUUAUUUAAAACCCUACAACAAUCGCAUACGACAGUGGUAGCCAUGUUGUAAGGAUGGCGUAAGCAGAUUGCAUGCGACACUCGUAAGCAAACGUUGUACUGUGUAAAUCGGCCUUCAUACUUCAGUGUUCUCAAAUCUACAAUGAAAAAUCCAAGUUACACUUGUAAGCAAAGUCUUUGGAAAGAAAGAGGUUGACGAAACGUUAUCAAAGUUUCUCGAAUAUUCCACAAAUUGUAUCGUUAGGGGGAAAUCAGUCUAUGUAAAGAAACGAGUUGAUAUUCCCUUUCCUACAGUCCUCUAAGAAUUAGUCUCCUUCGAUUUGCAAGAAAUCCACAGGUUGCUACUACGAUGGAUUGGAACGGUCUCAUGUGACGAAUGAUGUCUGAGGAAGCCGAAUAUACUUUAAGAGAACCAAUAGUGUGCUCCACUCGGAUACRAAGUGAUCUCAGGGCCCUGUUAGCAUCUCGCUGUCUUCUGUUGUGGGCAAUACGUCUUGGUGUAAUGAGAGGAGUGCGGUUAGCAUAUCCCCCAUCAGCAAGCAGCCUUGCUCGUUGUGGAAGAUUUCUUAUUCUCCUGUGUCCUAUAGCAGGAAGUCGUCUGAAUGUUUCUGCAUCCGUCAUCACAACAAAGGUUGGGAAAGGAGGAACAUCCAUUACUUGUUUUGAACUUAAUAAAUACCUAUAAACUUUUACAAAGGCGAAGAUAUGCAAAUAAUUUGCUACAACUUGUCAAAGCGUGCGUGCACUUAGAAUGUAUGCAUUAUUAUUAACAUAAUUAGGAAACAAAACACAAACAYAAUUAGGAAACACAAGAAGGUUGAUAACAUUCACACUUAGCGCACGUGGGCACGUUUGCUAGCAAGGCACUCUUUUCAUCAUUCGUACAAGAACAUUGAACACGAUGGAAAACGUGAAAAAACAAAGAAAAGCAAGAAGAAAUUAUACAGAACUGGAGGAUAUUCUCAUUCUUCAGGCUGUAAAUACAUGUGGGAGAGAGAGGAAAAGCGUGUUGAGCUACAUGAGACGACACGCAGAAGUGAUGGGAGAAGCAGGAGACCAGUAUUUGGUCGAGGAUAAGUCCGCUUGCAAGGCUUUACAAGAGCRCCUAAGAAAACGAGCUUCUAAACUGCUCAACAACGCUCUACUUACAAGGAAUGACGAUACCRCGUCAACAGACAAAACGCAGCGGGAAACACCAUCAACAUCAAAAAUAAUUGAUGAUGAAUACGAGUCUUCUCAAUCUAGCAGCGAGGAAAGUGCUAAACAAGAAAUUGCAGAAAUUUGUAAGGCUAUUAAUACUAGGGAAACGAAGUAUGUGGUUGACGUGGAUGACAAAAACCUACAGCAUGACGACUCGACAGAAAUUCUCAAGAAGAUCAACAAUAGAAGGGAACUUGAGAAAGAGGAAGAUAGGAAAAGAACUUCAGUGAAGCCGCAGAACAAGUCUAGCAAAAGACAAAAAGUGAUGAGAGAGGAUAGACUUGACCGCUUGCUGGAUGCAAUCCCUGGUGUUCUCGAGUCAGCUCAAACUGCUGCUCGAGAGCAUAAGAAAGCUUUGGCAAGCUGGAGGGCUAUUCAUGGUUUGGUGUCUUCUAACGAAGACUAGAAUAUUUAUUUGUCUUUUGUGGCAGUUACGUUUUGUACGUAUAUGUACAUGCUAACAUGAUAUCUGUCUGAUGAAGACUAGAAUAUUUAUUUGUCUUAAUUGUAGCAAUUACGUUUUGUAUCUGUCUGAUGAAGAAUGGAAUAUUCAGUAUUAUUGUCUUGUAGCUGACUACAAAUUAUUAAAAUAGUUUUCUUGUCAUUAA